ACGGCUCCAUUGUUCGCCGCAGUGAUGGACAAUGACUGGGGACCGAUGUGUCGCUCAUUAAGACCGAGGCUGUCAGUGCCCUGUGGCAGACCUGUUCCUGAACUUUACUCUCGACCGCGGUCGAACGAGACCUAGAAGAAACAUGGCGGACUCUUUCACGACUGAGGCAUUCACGCUCCUUGGCGUGGGCACCGCCUUCAUCGCACUGAGGAUUGUUGCGCGCGCGGUCGCGGUAGGCGUCCAUAAGUUCCAGUUUGACGAUUAUCUUAUGUGUUUUGCUGCUGUCAUAUACGGUCUCGAAACAGCAACUGCAUACAUUGUCGGUGCAUGGUGGCGCGGACUUGCGAACAAUGGCAUGACAGAAGAGCAGCGAAUACAACUCGAUCCUGAGUCACAGGAGUACGCGCUUCGGGUAGGUGGAUCGAAGACGCAGCUGGUAGGCUGGAGUCUGUACACACUUCUCCUAUGGACGCUGAAGUUGUGCAUGUGCCACUUUUACUCGAGACUGACAGCUGGGCUAUAUUACCUUGAGUUGCGUGUCAAGGUCGGCUAUGCGUUGAUCGGUGCGACAUACAUCGCUACAGAGCUGUCCAUCCUGCUGGGUUGUCAGCCUUUCAAACGCAACUGGCAGAUCCAACCGGACCCGGGCAACUUUUGCCAGCCAGCUGUCUCCAAGAUUGACUUGUAUGUGACCGUGGUCCUCAACGUCCUCACCGACAUAUAUCUCUUGUCAAUCCCAAUGCCCAUGUUGUGGAAGGCCAAUUUGGAGCUCAAGAGGAAACUGUCACUUGUCGUUGUCUUCGGAGGUGGCGUGUUCGUGAUGAUGGCCGGAAUCCUGCGUUGCGCCCUCAUCAUUAGGGACCCGAUCAACGGCGCACAAGCGGCAGGAAGCUGGGCAUGUCGCGAAACCUUCGUUGCCGUCGUCAUCGGAAACGUUCCCAUGAUCUACCCGCUGACGCGUCGCGGUGUCGAGAAGAUUCACUCCAUGGCCGGCGGCUCCAAGUAUGGUCGCGGUUCCCUGCAAGACGGCGACUCGCAGCCCCUCAAGUCCACCCUAAGCACACCUGCACGUCGAGGUAAGAACCGUAGUAUCCAUGUGAUACCGACUACCUGGAAUGACGAGCUUGUCAUGGACGGCUGGGAUAGCGAGAGAUCGGGCUCCAUCAAGCACACGAAACCAGACCUACAAGAUGCAAGCACUGUGGAGGUACGAGAAGAUUUGGGCGGCAUCCAGGUGACACGAGAAACGAUCUUGCACUCAGAAGUGAGGAACCCGUGAUCAUCACGUCGCUGGGAAGAGCAUCGGGUCGCAGCACGACCCCGCGCUACGAAGUAGGGUACCAGACACUAAGAUGGACAGGUCGGCAACGUAAUCAGAGCCAGACUGGAAUAAUAUUUGGUAUCAUUCAACUG